CACUACUAUCUUUUUUGUCGCUCUCCUCUUUUUUCUUCUUCACCUUCUCUUUCUUUAUAAUCUCUUUCUCUGUGUCAUAUAACAUUAUUAAUUGUGUUGUAUAUAAAUAUUUUUUCUUAGAUAGUUUUUUCUUUUUCUUUCCCUUCCUUUCCAACCUCAACAGUAAUCAUAUUCUCGUUACGGAGUAUCGUUGAGGAAUCUGAGGAGUUGUUGUUGUUGUUGUGCUUGUGGAAAAAGUGGCAGUUAUUAUAGGCCUCUCUCUAAACCCAAAAAAAUAUAUAUAUACGAAGUUAAAAGAAGAAGAACAACAACAACAAACGGAAUCGCAAGUGCACGAGUGUUUGUGAUUUCAUUGAUGUGAUCUUCAAAAAAACAAAUUGGCUCUUUCUGCUUUUAAUUACCAAAAUCUCUGCCUCUUUUUUUUUUUUUCUUUCUUCUCUCUCUAUAUUUGGGUUGUGGAGAGAGAGAGAGAUCAUUUGGUUUUGUUCUUCUGCUGGGUUUUCAUUCUUAUUCUUUUCUAUCUUUGCCUUUCCUUUGGGGGGUUUUUGCCACUUUUGCUUUGCUUCUUUUGUGUGUGUUUGAUAUUUUUCAUGUCUCAACAAAGGCAAUUUCAGAUGGUGGGUGGUAACAACAACAAUCCGGGGCAGUACAAUGACACAACUUUAACCAAAAUCUUUGUUGGUGGGUUGGCUUGGGAGACUCAAAGGGAUACAAUGAGAAGGUAUUUUGAGCAGUUUGGUGAGAUCUUGGAGGCUGUUGUUAUCACGGAUAAAAACACUGGGAGAUCCAAGGGUUACGGUUUUGUUACAUUUAAGGAUCCAGAGGCAGCCAUGAGAGCAUGUCAAAACCCAUCUCCCGUGAUUGAUGGAAGGAGAGCAAACUGCAAUCUUGCAUCUCUUGGUGCCCAGAAGACUCGUCCACCAACUCCUCAACAUGGUUCAGGAAGGUUUAGACCGGCAACUGGCUUGGCAGCUUCACCUGCUUAUCAUGGAUCCUCAUCUGCAUAUUACCAUCAACCAACUGGUCAAUACACAUUUCCUUAUUCAGCUUAUGGGUACACUGGAUAUUCCCAAGAUGCUAUGUAUCCUAUGAACUAUUACAGUGUUUAUGGGGGUCAACAAUUCUCUCCUUAUUAUGCCACCUCUGGGGCAGCAGGACCACCUGGGAUGUACCACAAUUUUUACCCAUUCUAUGCACAAUACGCACAAAGUAGCCAGGCUCAGGGUUUUGGAGUUCAAUAUCCCCAAAUGAUACAGUACCCAUAUUUGCCUCAGAACUAUGGCUCUACUGGGAUACUUUCUCUUCCUUCUUCAAUGCCAACAACUAAUAGCACAGGUGCAACAUCAACAGCAGGGGUGAAUGGAACAGCUGCAGGUGCUACACAAGCCUCUGGGACAGCUUCUGAACAGAAUUCAUCAACUUAAAAUUCCAUUGGAGGAAAA